CCCGUUCAUAAGAAUCGUAAAAGAGGCGAUUCUGGCUAGAUAGGUGUGUGGAUUUGAUAUACCCGGCUGUUUCUUUUAUUGGCUUUUUAGGGGUCUCUCCAUAUAUACUUUUUUUUUGCCACUUUACUCUUUGCGAUGACCAUCGAUGACUUUGAAAUAGAAACUGGAGCCGAGCUUCUUAUGCAUACAUACGAGACUUUACCAGAUAAUUGUAAGAAGUAUUGGAAGCGAAGAUAUGCUCUCUUCAGCAAGUUUGACGAUGGGAUCUAUAUGACUUCGGAGCUUUGGUUUUCUGUGACUCCCGAAGAUGUUGCAUCAUUCACCGCAAAGUUGAUCCAUGAGCUUAUUCCCGAGGCCGAGGAUGUUUUAGAUGUUUGUUGUGGUGGAGGUGGGAAUAGCAUACAAUUUGCCAACUUGUUCAGAACCGUGGGUGCCAUCGACAUCAACCAGUUGAACCUUGAUUGUACCGCCCAUAACGCUGGGAUUUACGGGGUGCAAGACAACAUAUGGUUGCACCGUGGAGAUUGGAACGAAAUGGCCACACCAACCAUUGGGCCCUUGAACACCAGUUGGAUUCCCCAGGAAGUUCUUGAUAAUCAAAUCCAAAGAGGCAAUCUGAAACCAUUUGACUGUGCCUUCCUGUCUCCACCUUGGGGUGGCCCACAAUACAAUGAAUCAGAGUUUUUCGACUUGUAUGCCAUGGAACCCUUUUCUGUAUUACAUUUUGCCAGACAACUCAAGCGUUACUCGGAUAACUUCAUCAUGUACUUGCCAAGAAACCUGGACUUGGACCAGCUUCGUGAAGUGACCCGUAUUGUCAAUGGAGAUGACGCAAAGUGUCGAAUCUUGUAUAUUCAACUGUAUGGCCGAAGAGUGGCACUUUUAGCUCUUUGGGGUCCCCAACUCACUUCAGGUGACAUUGACUAUAGUAAGAUUUUCCCUGAAGAUGCAGAAGAGUCUGAAUUUCUGGUCGAUACUUUGUAAAAAGAAGAAAAUGAAUAUUGAGAUACCUACUACAGUUGAGCCUCUGGUGGGUCUGUUCUAAGACUGCUCGGUUUUUUCAUAGCUCUAGUAGAUUAAGGGUUGGCUGGUGGUAAUCUGAAGGUAGAAUAUCGUCAGCACGAGCAGCAUGAUAAGUCAAGGAAAAAUAACCUUAUCAAGAAGUAACAGGGUAACGUGAUACAUACGUCUAUAUAGAAUCAUUUAUCACAAUAAAACAUAAUGCACG